AUGAACGUGGGGGGUAAAGUUAGCAACUUUAUUACCGCACCGUUUCAUCCGUUUGGUGGGGCAGUUGACAUAAUUGUUGUUAAGCAGCACGAUGGAGCCUUCAGGAGCACACCUUGGUAUGUACAGUUUGGUAAAUUUCAGGGUGUUCUUAAAGGGGCAGAAAAGGUUGUCCAAAUAGAAGUUAAUGGAGUGGAAGCCGAUUUUCAUAUGUAUCUUGAUAAUUCCGGUGAAGCAUAUUUUGUACGGGAAGAUAACUCUGUAAAGGACAAGACAAUUGAGGGUUUAAAGGAUUCUGAUAAUCUUGAAGACACCUCAGAGAGUAAUGACAUAGAUCACAUUUACAAUGAUGAUACUUUAACAGUCAACAGUUUUCAUAGACAAGAGGCUGAGGAUUUGGAUAAUGGUGAGGUAGAGGUGCUAGAUGAACGUGUUACUCUUGGUAUGGACAGAUUAGAAAGGACUGAAUCUGAUCAUGAGCGGAUGUUCAACGAGUUUCAAGAUGAGCAAUCAUCUCGGGAGGGUUUGAGUGAAUUAUUGGAAUAUGGUUCGAGUAGAUAUGACAAUCUAGAUAGUGUGCAGCAUGUGAUAGAAUCAGAGAAUUUGAAUUCAGAAGUAGUUGUGGUAAGUGUAGAUGGCCGCGUAUUGACAGCACCCAUUUCAUCAUCUGAGAGAAAUACUGAACACGUGCAACAAAACAUGCCUCAGUUUAAGGUCAGUCCAGAUGAAGGGACCGAAGAGUAUCAUAAAGGAGAAUGUUCAUGCUAUGCUGGUUAUUUGAGCGAUCAGGAUACAACCACAUGUAAAGUUACUUCAGGAAGUGAAUGCGAGAUAAACAAUGGCAAUCUGGCUUCCAAAUACGAGCCGGGGCCUUGUGAAGGAGAUGAAGAGCAUCUCCAUCAUGUACAAGAAACUCAGAACACAGCUAAUCAAGAUAGAAAGAUCUGCCUCGAUUGUAGUUCAGAAAAUAUGUCAAGUAGUUUUAAGAGGGACGAGAUAUUCAAAAGCUGUUUGGAGCUCCCAAAAUUGGCAGAGCAGUCUACAAAUGCUGAUCAGCAAAGUAUGAAGUCUUCAUUUGAAAUUUCUGAAGUUACUGAAGAUCCACAUGAAAAUUCACCUCUAAAUCGCAAGACAAAUAAUGAAAGUGAAGAGGGGAAUCUUCAAAAAUCAAGAAAUGAUACUGGAUUUUCUCCCUCGGAUUUUGGAUACACCAGCAAUGAUUCUAUAUUUUCUGAAGAUCCACAUGAAAAUUCGCCUCAAAAUCUUCAAAAAUCAAGAAAUGAUACCGGAUUAUCUCCCUCAGAUUUUGGACACAACAGCAUUGAAUCUUUGGCAGAGUUACAGGUUGAAGUUGCAGUCCAUGAAAAAGAUGCAUUUCAUAUGGAUCACAUGGAUUCUGAUAGCAAGCCUGCUCAAGAUGUCAUCAACGAUCAGGAUCCAGAGAAGCAGAUGGAUGUAGAGGUAGAAGCCAAAGGAAUGCAAAGUGUCGAGGAAGCACCUACUUCUGUAGAUGAAUGCAGUAAAGCCAAAGACAUUGAACCUGAUACUGAAGUGCCAACCGAAGCUAUGAGAACAGGCUUAGGGACAAGGUUAGAGAUAUCUCUCUGUGGAAACUUGCUUUUUGCUGGCAUGGGUUUGAGUGCAGCAGCAGAAGCCUUUGAUGCAAACAGCAUAUCAGCUGAAGAGCUUAAACUUUCUGCCACAUCAAUUGUUAAGAAGGAAAACUUAAUUGUUAGAAUAAGAGGAAAGUACUUGCCAUGGGAUAAAGCUGCACCCAUCAUUCUUGGUAUGGCAGCUUAUGGUUUGGAUUUACCUGUUCAGCAGGAGGAUGCAAUUCCUGUGGAACAGGGAACUCCAAAAACAAAGGAAGAUGAUUCUGGAUUGAUUUCAACUCCUUCUGGACGCAGAUGGAGACUCUGGCCUAUCCCAUUUAGGAAGGUUAAGACUCUCGAUCAUUGUAGUAGUAAUGCAUCAAAUGAGGAGAUCUUUGUUGAUUCUGAAUCUGUCUCAACAAGCCAACCUGUAGAACUAACAUCCACACCCCAUAGUGCCAGUGAGUCUCCGCGUAAGCAACUUACAAGAACUAAUGUUCCUACUACCAAUCAGAUAGCAUCAUUGAAUCUCAAAGAAGGGCAGAAUAUGGUUAAUUUUAUAUUCUCUACAAGAGUCCUUGGACACCAGAAGGUUGAAGCUCAUAUAUAUUUGUGGAAGUGGAAUACACGGAUUGUAAUUUCUGAUGUCGACGGUACAAUUACCAGGUCUGAUGUCCUUGGCCAGUUUAUGCCUUUGGUUGGGAAGGACUGGACGCAUUCUGGAAUUGCUCGUCUCUUUUGUGCAAUAAAGGAGAAUGGGUAUCAGUUAUUGUUUCUGAGCGCACGCGCAAUUGUUCAAUCAUACUUGACUAAAAGUUUUCUUUUAAAUCUUAAGCAGGAUGGCAAAAGCUUGCCCAUCGGACCUGUUGUUAUUUCCCCGGAUGGCUUAUUUCCUUCAUUGUACCGAGAAGUAAUAAGAAGGGCUCCUCACGAAUUCAAGAUUGCCUGUUUAGAGGAUAUCAAAGCACUUUUUCCUCCUGAUUAUAAUCCAUUUUACGCCGGUUUUGGAAACCGAGACACUGAUGAACUCAGUUACCGGAAAAUUGGGAUCCCAAAGGGCAAGAUCUUUAUUAUUAACCCCAAGGGAGAGGUAGCCAUUAAUAAUCGUAUUGACGUAAAGUCAUAUACUUCAUUGCACACUCUGGUAAACGACAUGUUCCCACCAACGUCACUGGUCGAGCAGGAAGACUAUAACUCAUGGAAUUACUGGAAAACGCCCUUGCCUUCCAUUGAUGACUUGUCGUGA